CAGAGAAGGCCAAGGUGCAACUGUCUUCAGUUGUCCCGAAUCCAGGUUCAACUGACACAAGGCACCUCCACCAUGCCAACCAACUUUGAUCCCAAUGAGAUCAAAGUCAUAUACCUGUGGUGCACCAGCCACGAGGUCAGUGCCACAUCUGCCCUGGCCCCCAAGAUCGGCCCCCUGGGCCUGUCUCUGAGAAAGGUUGGUGAUGACAUCGCCAAGGCAACCAAGGACUGGAAGGGGCUGAGGAUUACUGUGAAACUGACCAUUCAGAACAGACACGCCAAGAUAGAGGUGGGGCCUUCUGCCUCUGCCCUCAUCAUCAAAGCCCUCAAGGAACCACUGGAAACAUCAAACACUGGAAACAUCACCUUCAAUGAGACUGUCAACAUUGCCCAGCAGAUACUCCACCAAUCUUUAGCCAGAGAACUCUCCGGAACCAUUAAAGAGAUCCUGGGGACUGCCCAGUCUGUGGGCUGCAAUGUGGAUGGCCACCACCCUCAUGACAUCAACAGUGGUGCAGUGGAAUGCCCGGCUAGUUAA